CGUUUUAUGGGUAUAAGGUAAGACCGUAGUAUAUAAGAAACUAAAUGACGUUGAUGUUGUUUAUUUCUGCCAUGUGCGCUCCAUCGACUACGUAACUCAUUAUUUCUUCUUCAUGGCAGACGACUUAGACGACGAAUGGUGGAACAGCGGCGAAAAGGAUCAUGGAACUUCGGAAUCCGAAAGUGACCCGUCAUUUGAGGUUUCAGGGAAUAUUGCACCAGUAAAAAGAAAGGCUAAAGCCAUUGAUGGCGAUAAUGAGGCAGAUGGGGACCAACCUCUUGAUCAAAAGGAUACAAAACAAAAAGUGAAGAGGAAAAGAAAUACAAUAACUGUGGAGUUAAAAGCAAAGGGAAGUAAGUCUGGAACAGCUGAGGAUCUGGUGCAAGUCAUUACGAAACAUUACAAGGACAAACUAUCCACUGUGGAAUGGGAUAACAUUCAACUUGACACUGAUAGGAACUUCUUUGUGAGUGCUGACAAGGAGCACACAGCAGUGUCCUAUCUACGUACCAUCCUACCUAAAUGGAAGAAGAUGCUGAAGACAGAGCUGAAGCCAGGAUCUCCUCUGGUAUUACUGGUAUCGGCCUCUGCUAUCCGAAGUGUGCAACUCAACAGGGAAAUAUUGGACUUCAAAAGUAGUGAGUGUAGAAUUGCAAAAUUGUUUGCAAAGCACUUUAAGCUCGAGGAGCAGCAGAAAUUUCUGGCAAAGAAAGUUUGUCACAUUGGCCUGGGGACACCUAACAGACUACACACUCUCGUUAAGUCAGGAUCAUUACAUCUGGAUAAUGUGGCAGCAGUUGUGUUGGACUGGAACUGGCGUGAUGUAAAAUCCAAACGUAUGGUUGAUAUCCCUGAGAUAAGAGGCCACCUUAUGGACUUUAUGAAAGACUAUAUGAUACCUCACAUAUCUAAAAACCCCUGUAAAAUUGGGAUGUUAUAACAAAGUAAUCCAUCUAUGAUGGUAACAGAAGUUUAGCAAGAUCAUCUAAAACAAUGACUGUUCAUCAUCCUGACCUUGUAUAAGAAGUGUAUUGUAGAGAGUGUGAGAUGUGUGUCCAUCAUUACAGAUACAAUAGUCAUGUAUUUGUAAGAUGACUGGUAACUAGGGGCCUGUUCAUUUAUGUGGACAUACAGGUUCAUCAGUAUUUAAAUGUAAUAUUUCAAACAUAUAUAUUGACGAACCUGGAAAUGUUAAUACAGGCCUUGGGAAUCUUUGUCAAGGCUCGUCUGAAAACAAUAUAAAAUCACAAGGUCUGUCUUUAUUUCAUAAAUGAACAACACCGGUCCAACUGGUCCAUCCGUUUGGACAGCAAAAAUGAAAACUGCCUAGGCUGUACAGUAAGGGUAAGAAGAAAUGUAUAGGUAAUCCAGAUUAUAUACCAAGCAUUAUUAUAUUGAAACUCUUUUUAACAUGUGAAUACUUAAGUCUUUGUAAAUUUGUUUUCACCUCAUCUCCUAUUUAGAUUAGGCAUACCAGUAUGAGUACAUGUACAUGUAUUAAAUUUUAAGUAAGUUGAACAAUACUUUUAAGCAGAAGAGUAUUUGAUGGAGUUCUUAGUUUGAAGAGAUAUUUGAAGAAGCAAGAUCAUACAUGCUGAUGCAAUGGUGUCGUGGAAGCUCAUGCAUCCAUUAAUUAUCAAAAACAUUAAUUAGAAAUAUUCACUACAUUGAAUGAUUAAUAUGCAUGGCUACACAACAGGUACACAAAUUCAUUGUGUCUUAUCAAAUUGAACAGUAUUUUUUAGCUAUGUCAUGGUGCAGUGUCUUUCUGGCUGUAUUCAUCUGCAUCAUCAACUUUUUAAUUGGGAUAAACAACUUCUCGGUAAAUAAGAGGAUCAGUUUCAAGAUUUCAAGUCAGUAGCAUGCUGGGAUGAAGAACUACAAAAUUUAUUCAAAUGGCUGACCUUUACCUACUUUCAAGGUCAUAAGGGUCAAAUUUGUCAAAAUCCUUAAAAAUCUUCUUGUUUACCAAGUCCCAGUGUUAUGAUCUUGAGUCAGUAAAAUGAUGGAAUCAAGGACUACAAAAUUUACUUAAUAAAUCUAGCCUACUCUUCUAUUUGAAUAAAUUGGCAGUCAGCUUUGCAUCAACAUAAAUGACCAAGAUCAAAUUUGACUUCUCAUUAGAAGCAGCUCCUAGAAGCAGAUACAGACCCAUUGGAUCUUUUAUAUUCGCAAUGAAUUGGAAUUCAAUGUCAAUGUUUUUAUUAAUCAAAUGUAUGUUUCAGGUUCCUUUUGUUAUAAAUUCAAGUAAGUUAUAGAAAGACAAACAAAAUCUGAUAGAAAACAUUCUUACUGGUUUUAUUGAAAAAUUCAGUGGUAUGAUUGUUUAGAUCAUGGACAACAUUUAAUGCAGUUUCCAUGUCCUAUUGAGGGUAUCAUACUAUUAUAUGGCUUGUUUGAAUUAAAGAAUAAAUUUAUCUCUCAAGUAA